AUUAAUUUUAAUUUUAAUGCCAUUAUCGUUAGCUUGUUUCAUAUUAACGACAAAAAACCAGACUAUGUGGAGCAUUAUCGUCCACUGCGUAAAUCUCAUUUUUGUCAGAAUUCAGCUUGUCAUAUAGUUUCUUCUAAGCACUCUUUGAUUCCCGUAAUCCACCGAAGAGUCCCAGAAGAGAAAAAAGCAAAACUCAGAUGGCAUCUGUGACUUCCUCUUCGCCUUUACAGAGUCUAACCAUGUUGAAAUUAACUUCAAACUCUUAUUCCUCACGGCCUUCAGUAGCUUUCUUUGUUCCUUCUGUGAAUUCCUCAUUUGGGUCUACUAAUUCGACUUUUCUGCAACAUGGGUUCUCUCUGCAAUCGCAAAAUUUUCCUGGGGUUCUCUCAAAAACUCGUUCUUUUGGAGUUUAUGCGAGAGCUGCCACUGAGAAAAGUAUACACAGCUACACUGUGAAGGUGAAUUUUUCGAGUUCCAAACGUUGGGACAUUGAUGGGAAGGACGUUUCUCUCAGCAAAUUUAAGAGGAAAAUUCUAUUGAUUGUUAAUGUUGCUUCAAAAUGUGGUUUGACAUCGUCAAAUUAUACAGAACUCUCACACCUAUAUGAGAAGUACAAGACUCAAGGAUUUGAGAUUCUAGCUUUCCCUUGCAAUCAAUUUGGAGGACAAGAGCCAGGGUCAAACCCUGAGAUCAAACAAUUUGCUUGUACCAGGUACAAAGCAGAAUUCCCAAUAUUUGAUAAGGUGGAUGUGAAUGGACCGAAUACAGCUCCAGUUUAUAAAUUCCUGAAGUCAAGUGCUGGAGGAUUUUUAGGUGAUGUGAUCAAGUGGAACUUUGAGAAGUUCCUUGUGAACAAGAAUGGCAAGGUUGUGGAGAGAUAUCCACCAACAACUUCGCCUUUCCAAAUCGAGAGGGACAUUCAGAAGCUCCUUGCAGCAUAAUGGUGCUAAGAUUGAGUUGUAUAUUGGCCAUUCUAACAGAAGAAAAGUAAAUCACUUUGUGUAAAUUUCUUCACCAGGCAUCACAGAUAUACAGGUGUCUUUCUGUAAUAGAAUUCUUACAUCACUUGAGAAAAAAUGUUUCUGCUUGUAUUAUUUGUUGCUGUCAUCUUCUUCUUCUUUAGCCUAGGAAUUACAAGCUUUAAUUGGAAUUGUUUUGCAAGCCAAUUUCAUCAACCUAAGCCUCCUUAUAAGCAAGUGAAGCUUUAUCAA